AUGGUAGAGGAAUGGAUGGGGUCUAGGCAGCUGGGCCUAGCACACCAUAAAACAGAGGUGGUUGUUGUUAACAAUCGUAAGUCGGUACAGGAGGCUGUGGUUCGCGUGGGUGACUAUACGAUCAAUUCUAAGCGGGAGGUGAAGCUCCUUGGGGUGAUGAUCGAUGAUAGACUGAACUUCGGCAGUCACGUUGAUUACGCCUGCAGGAAAGCUUCAACAGCUAUUGCGGCAUUAUCGAGGAUGAUGUCUAAUAGCUCGGGGGUGCGCUCCAGCAGACGUAGGUUACUAGCCGGCGUUGCUGUAUCUAUCCUCAGAAACAGCGGCCCAGCUUGGGCAUCGGCACUUGGUGUCGAUCGAAACCUUCAGAAACUGGAGAGCACGCAUAGGUUGAUGUGUCUCAGAGCAAUAAGUGCCGGUGUCAGGCCAUAA